GAACUCGCAUAUACUGAUACUGCCUUGUGUCCACUGGGUCUUCUUGUUCAUGUUCUUGUUGGAUUAGGGCGCGUAGCUUCCACUGGGUCCACUGAACCAAGGCUCACUGAACCCAAAUCACUGAACCAACCAAUAUACAAUGCUUGGGGGAUCGUAUCAGUAAGGCUGCCAAACUCUGUGUUGCAGCUUUCAUCAUGAAGUACAGUAUUUGCAUGGUGUCAGAUUUCUUCUAUCCAAACAGUGGUGGGGUUGAGGCCCAUGUGUUUCAGCUGUCUCAGUGCCUUUUGGCUAUGGGUCACAAGGUCAUUGUGGUCACACACAGCUAUGGAAGCCGUGUUGGCAUUCGCUACAUGACCAGUGGCCUGAAGGUGUAUUACUGCCCCUACAAGACGUUCUACAAGGGCUGCGUGCUGCCGACCAUGCUGACCACCCUGCCUCUGCUGAGGAACAUCUUCAUCCGGGAGCAGGUGGACAUCGUGCACGGUCACUCAGCAUUCUCCACGCUGGCGCACGAGGCGAUGCUGCACGCCGGCAGCAUGGGUAUCCGGACGGUGUUCACGGACCACUCGCUGUUCGGCUUCGCUGACACGUCGGCGAUCGUCACCAACAACUUCCUCCAGGUCUCGCUGGCGCAGGUCGACCACUGCAUUUGCGUCUCCUAUACCGGGAAGGAAAACACGGUGCUACGAGCGAACGUGACCUCCCACCGAGUCUCCGUGAUCCCAAACGCGGUGGACAGCGCCGCCUUCACGCCAGACCCUUCUCGCCGGAGCUCAGAUAGGAUCACUGUCGUCAUGGUGUCCCGACUGGUGUAUCGGAAAGGAGCAGACCUGCUCGCCGGCCUGAUCCCGCUGGCAUGCCGCAAACACGACAAACUGCAUUUUUUGAUCGGAGGCGACGGACCAAAACGGUCCAUGCUUGAAGAAAUGACUGAGAAGAAUCAGCUGAGUGAUCGGGUCACUUUCCUGGGCGAACUGAAACAUUCUGAGGUGCGAGAUGUGCUGGUGCAGGGCGACAUCUACAUCAACUGCUCGCUGACAGAGGCUUUCUGCAUAGCCAUUGUCGAGGCGGCCUCCUGCGGACUGCAGGUGGUGAGCACACGCGUCGGCGGGGUGCCGGAGGUCCUGCCUCCCGACCAGAUCUGGCUCACCGAACCCACAGUCGAAUCCCUUCUGUCCGGGCUGGACGCGGCCGUGGCGGAGGCCGGCCGGCCGAGCGCCCUGUCCGCCUGGGACCGGCACCGGCGCGUGGCCAGCAUGUACCGCUGGCAGGAGGUGGCCGCCCGCACGCAGGACGUGUACGAUAUCGUGUGGCGGACGCCGCGGCGGGACCAGCGCAGCCAGACGAUGAGGUACUUGUCCUCGGGGCCACUCUCGGGAAAAUUCAUGAUCGCUGUACUCUUCCUGCUUCGGCUGUAUUCAGCAUUCUUAGAAUGGUUUCAGCCGAGAGAGGACAUCGAGCUAGCGGCGGACUGGCACCGGGGCUUUCGCAGCGCAAAUCAACCGCUACAACAUUGAUUAGGCUGAAGAAGCUACAGUGUAGCAGCGCAACGUCGACUCGAGGGUUCAACAUUCCAACGUUUUCCUUUUAGGAAUGUGGCCGUGUUAGCUAAUUGGAUGAAACCUGAUAUAUUUAGAGAACCACUGAUAAUUCCUCACAUCAAACUAGAGGUACACGAGUUUGUCAUACUACUAGUCAAAGUGUUCAAAAUGUGUGUAUUGUCAUGGAGCAACCAGAAAAGUAGGAAACAUUAGUGCUUUGCACUGUUAGCAGAAACAAGACUUGUGAACUGCCAUCAUGUUUGUUCUUGUUGCUUGAGAGUUGAGCAAUAUCAAGAAAGUGGGUAUGAUCUUACAACCUACUGACUGCUUGUUUACUUGCUAUGUGCUAUGGUUUACAUUGACUUUGUCAGCAACUUUAUAAAUAAAAUGCUCACUUUGUAUUUGCAA